UGCGGGCGGGAACCUUUCCUGUAGAAGCGGCUUCUGCCCACCAUCUUGAGCGCCACAGCCAGCUUUCAGUUCUUUUUGGGCGUCCGGAUGUAUUGAAAUUUUCUGGGAAUCAGUGACACGCUGCUGCACCAAGGUCCAAGGGAGGAGGAGUCUAUAUGCCAAACAAUCUACAAAUGGGAUCCGUAUCAUUUGAUGACGUGUCUGUGGACUUCACCAGGGAGGAGUGGCAGGAGCUGGAUGCUGCCCAGAGGACCCUCUACAGGGAUGUGAUGCUGGAGAACUAUAGCAACCUGGUGUUCUUGGGGCACUGCAUGACAAAGCCUGAGUUAAUCUUCAAGUUGGAGCAUGGACAAUGGAAUGUAUCAAAAGCCUCAAUCUGGAGCCUCAAUGGCCAGUUGACUGGCCCAAUUGACACCAGCCAGGAAAAUCACAAGAGACAUUUAUGGCAAAGUGGAAUCACCAACAGCAAGACCCUAAAUGAAAAAAUGAUUGAAACUAAACUAAAAGUGCAUCAGAAUUCCUUCCAAGGGACAAACUACUGUGAAGAUAAAGUAUAUCUGAAGAAGUCUUACAAAGAGGCACCCCACAGAAGUUACCUGAUGUCUCACACCUUCAGAGUGGGUUUGUAUGACCACUCAACACUCAGGAAACAUCAAAGAGUUCACAGACAAGAGAGUAUGGGAUAUGAGGGUAAGGAAUGCAGGGAAGUGUUCUUGAAUUCCCACCACCAUGCACCUUACAGAACUCAUACAAGUGAGAAGCACUACGGAUGUGCAGAAUAUGGUAAAUCUUUCUACUACAAGAAAGAGCUCACUAGACAUAAUGGGUGUCAUUCUGGGGAGAAACAUCAUGAAUUUCCAGAAUAUGGCCAAACAUUAAUUAGUAAGGAGCAUCUCAAUCAUAUGGAUGAGAAACACUAUAGAUGCUUAGAAUGUGGGAAAGCUUUCAGUAGUAAGUCAUACCUCACUGUUCAUGAGAGAAUUCAUACAGGUGAGAAACCCUACAAAUGUAAUGAAUGUGCAAAAUCUUUCUACUGCAAAAGUCAUCUGAAAAGACAUCAUAGAACGCAUACUGGUGAGAAGCCCUAUGAAUGUACAGAAUGUGGGAAAGCCUUUGUUUCUAAGGAGCACCUUGCUUAUCAUCAGAGAAUUCAUGUGGCCGAGAAGCCCUAUGGAUGUACAGAAUGUGGGAAAACCUUUACUAGCAAAACAUCCCUUACUAUUCAUGAGAGAGCUCACAGGGGGGAGAAGCCUUUUGAAUGUACACUAUGUGGUAAAGUUUUCUGUGACAAGUCAAAACUCACAACACAUCACAUAACUCAUACUGGUGAGAAGCGUUAUGAAUGUACACAAUGUGGUAAAGCUUUCUAUUACAAGUUUAGACUCGCUAUGCAUCAAAGAACUCAUACUGGUGAGAAGCCUUUUGAGUGUGCAGAAUGUGGGAAAGCUUUCUACAUCAAGUCAGAACUUAGUGCACAUGAGAGAAUACAUACAGGUGAGAAGCCUCACAAAUGUCUGCAAUGUGGGAAAUCAUUCUACUGGAAGAAACAACUCACUAGACAUUGCAAAAAUCAUUCCCUUGGGAAGUGCUAUAAAUGUAUAGAAUGUGAGAAAGCAUUCACCACCAAAGAAUACCUUAUUAAAAACCAAAUAAUGCAUACAGGUGAAAAUCCCUAUGAAUGUGCAGAAUGUGGGAAAGCUUUCACCCUCAAAGGAAACCUUAUGAAGCAUCAAAGAUCUCAUUUAGGUGUUAAGGCCCAUGAAUGUAUGCAGUGUGGUAAAGCUUUCUAUGACAAGGCACAACUUGCUACACAUCAGAGAAUUCAUACAAGUCUGAAGCCCUAUGAAUGUGCAGAAUGUGGGAAAGCCUUCACCUUCAAAGGUAACCUUAUGAGGCAUCAAAGAAUUCAUUUAGGUGUGAAGCCACAUGAAUGUACACAGUGUGGUAAAGCUUUCUACGAGAAGAGACAACUUGCUACACAUCACAGAAUUCAUGCAGAUGAGAAGCCCUGUGAAUGUACAGAAUGUGGGAAAGCAUUUGUUUGCAAAGAUCACCUCACUCAUCAUCAGAGAAUUCAUAUAACUGAGAAGCCCUAUAGAUGUACAGAAUGCAGGAAAGUUUUUACUAGCAAAACAUCACUCACUAUUCAUGAGAAUGAGAAACCUUUUAAAUGUACAAUAUGUGGUAAAGUUUUCUGUGCUAAGUCAAAACUCACUACACAUCACAUAGUUCAUACUGGUGAGAAGCGUUAUGAAUGUACACAAUGUGGUAAAGCUUUCUAUUACAAGUCAAAACUCACUAUACAUCACAGAACUCAUACUGGUGAGAAGCCUUUUAAGUGUGCAGAAUGUGGGAAAGCUUUCUACAUCAAGUCAGAACUUAGUGCACAUGAGAGAAUACAUACAGGUGAGAAGCCUCACAAAUGUCUGCAAUGUGGGAAAUCAUUCUACUGGAAGAAACAACUCACGAGGCAUUGCAGAUAUCAUUCUCGUGGGAAGUGCUAUAAAUGUACAGAAUGCGAAAAAGCAUUCACCACCAAAGGAUACCUUAUUAAACACCAAACAAUGCAUACAGGUGAGAAUCCCUAUGAAUGUACAGAAUGUGGGAAAGCUUUUAUCCUCAAAGGAAACCUUAUGAAGCAUCAAAGAAUUCAUUUAGGUGUGAAGCCAUAUGAAUGUACGCAGUGUGGUAAAGCUUUCUACGACAAGGGUCAACUUGCUACACAUCAGAGAAUUCAUACAGGUGAGAAGCCCUAUGAAUGUAAAUGUGGGAAAGUUUUCACCAUCAAAGGAAACCUUAUCAAACACCUGAGAACCCAUACAAGUCAGAACACCUAAGUGGCAUUUUGAAUCUAGGUGUCCCACAUAUAGUUAUGUGUUCUGAAUGCUAAGUUCCCAUUUGGUGGCAAUAUGGUAAGUGAAACCUCAAGGUAUGUAUUCUUGGGACUGGAUUUAUGGGUGUUAUAGCCUGCUUCCCCUUAUGAGUGUUUGGCAUACUUUCCUGAUGAUCUUGGUCAUUAUAGGGCUUCCCGUCAAGUCUGUAAGCUAAAAUAAACAACUUUUCUUUCAUUA